CGACUGUUGUUCGAUUUGUGUGCACUCCUUACACACAACGAACAAGUUCGUUGAUGUGUGUAUCUGUCAAAAUUGCCUGUUGUGCUAGUGUAUUGUUAGCGUUACCGCGCACUUAACAUAAGAUUCCUUCAUUUUCUUGACUGUCUGUCAAAUGUAAUUGACGAAAUUUUGGUUUAAUACAAAGGGAUACACACAUUCAACUAACGAUACACAUUCAAAAUAAAGCGACAGACCAAAAUGUUUCGCAUUUUAAAAUCGCAUUAAAAAGCGACUCUUUUCCCCUUACGCACAAAUCAUUUUUAGUUUCUUUUGACCAUUUUUCAGUUUCAUUUUUGGAUAAGUGUUGUUGUGUUUUUUUGUUUAAAAUUUUGUAUUCGGAUCGAAUUGCAAAAUGACCGAGAGUCGGAUAAAUCAAAGUUUAUGUCGACUGUGUGGCUGCAAAAACGAGAACGGACGGUCACUGAACGAUGAAAACAGUGCCGAAUUACUAUCAAAAGUACAAGAAACCUUUUCAUUGUUGAUUGGUGGUAAUGAUCCGUUGCCAAAUCGAAUUUGUAUUCAGUGCGAACAAGAUGUCAAUGUGUUUUACAUAAAAAUCAAGAGAUUCCAAACGUUGGACAAAAAAUGGCGCGACGAAAUUCAGCAAACAAAUUCAUCGCAUCCAUAUUUACAAAUCGAAGAACAUUACAGUGGCGAAAUUGACAAAAUACGCAAAAAAGUCGAUGCAUACAUGAUUCAUGAGCAGAAUCAUAAUGAUUUACAAGAUCCAUUGGAUAGCAACGACGUGCAGCCAAUUCAGCAAAAUGACGAGGUGCCAAAGGAAGAAAUGGCUAGCGUCGCCGAAAAAACGACCCCUGACAUUGAAUUUGAGCAAAAACAAUUGGAAAAGGAACGUGAUAAGAAGCGACGUCAGAAGCGACAAAAAUUCGCUGGCUACAUUCGAAGUAGAAAGCUGAAACGCCGGCUAAAGGCUCAAGUUGAACAGCAAGUUUUGAAUCCGGUCAUCGUACAGCCGACUGACAAAAACACCAUUCCAAAGGCUGAAAUGCCGUAUAAAAAGUACAGAAAUGACAUUUUGGAAAUUAUUUCGCAGAAUGAAAUACUUGUAAGUCGAACACGAGUCAAUCGUCGUACAGCGCAGCCAUUCAAUUACAAUGUUAUAUCGUCCAAACCGCAAGUUUGUCCCAAGAAAAAAGUCACAAUGAAAAAAGAGCCAGCUGCAAGCCAUGACCAUGAUGUUUUGGGGCCUUUGACAGAAAAAACCAAAUCGCCACAGAUGAGCCUGGAUACAUCGCCCAGUAUACAGCCACGACAAAGACGUCGCAUCAAUUAUUCCGAAGAAUUGGUUGACGAAGCAUUUAUGUACGAACAAAUUUUACAUGACAAACAGAAGUCACAAGAAAAACGCAAGAAAUGUAUCCCAAAAGUGGCUGAGCUCACUCAAAACAUCAAUGAUUCCAUGGGCUCGGUUGCGCUAUCAGUGUCAUCGCCGGCCAAUUUGGACUCACGCCUUCGCCUACUCGAACAAAGAAACGAAAUCAGUAUUAUGCCCCUUAAAUCGCGAAUGAUGACCAAAGACCCUGCGAGCAAAUUCGAUUCCAAAAUGCCAAUCCCGUUGAAGAUUGAGCCACUAUUCAACAUUACGUCAUCGGUUUCGGUGUUCAAACCGCGAAAAAGCGAUCAAGCGCCAUCAAGUCUACAAAUAUCAAAUAUUACCAGUUUGCACACCUAUCGAGCGGGACCAUCAAGCAAACGACAGAAAUUCUCCUGUACUUACUGCACAAAAACAUUCGCCGACGAAAAGCAAUUGGCUGAGCAUAAUAUGGAUCAUUUGCACGUAUCAUUGAAUAAAAUCGACGCUGUGCAAGUAUUGAAACCAAAAUUGCGACGCGGUCGUAUGUUGAAUCUGGAUGAUAAUCAAUAUAUUCGGUGCGUGAACUGUUGGAAAUUGCAUACGAACAACAAAAGCAUCCUUGAUCAUUGGAACAAUGGCGCCUGUUUGUUCUAUUGUAUGAUCUGUGAAAAAUCGUUCCAUGAUAACAUCAAAGAUUUGAAGUCGCAUUUCGAGAGUGAGCACGGUGUCAAGUAUCGAACAAUGUUAUUACUGAAACGGGACCCAUUGAAAAAUGAAGAGCCGGUUAAAAAGCCUGAUUCACCGAAACAACCAUCGAUGCAAGUAAACAGUUUGAUGCCUGAUCUACUCAGAAAACCUGGACCAGCUAACCGAAAACCAGUACACAAAAAACCGGCUGCAGGUCAGGAACCAAAUCACCUUCUAUCGGGCGAAAUGCGAUGUGAACUAUGCAAUCGUACAUUUAUUCAUCGUAAAGCAUACCGGGCACAUUAUACCCUCUCGCACAAGAAAAAACAAAAUUUCGAUGUAUCAGCGAACGAUGGAGCAAAACAGGAUGUGGAUAAAAAAGCCAUUAAUCCAAUGGCCGUUGCCAGUGGAGCUACCAAAUCGAGCAAAAAUCAAAAGAAGAAUUUCGGUAAAAACUGGAAGAAACGGACGAAUGAAGCCGUUAUGAAAACGGUGAUACGGAAAGCGCCAAAGAGACAUAUUCCGGUGACAGUUUCGUCAAACAAACAACAGCCGGUGGCGACAAGAAAAUUGGUCGAGCCAAUGACAAUCGGCGAAACACUCGUGCAAUGCACCACCAUAUCGACACCGCUCAAAGCACAAAAUAGACAAGACUUGCAAGUGAGUCAAGAUCAAACAGUCUCAAGUACGUUCCUCCCAACAUCAGCCGUAUACAACGAUACGGAUAUUCAGAUCAAGCCAGAACCUGAAGCUGAGCCCAUGGAAAAUUAUCCCAUCAAUUAUCCCGAAGUGCCCGUUCAGUCUUGCAAUGGCUGGGUUCAACCGCAGCAGCAAGAGCAGCAGCAGGAGCAGCAGCACGAGCAGCAGCAAGAGCAGCAGCCGCCGCUGCAACCACCACCACUUGCAUCCCUGUCAUCGCUUCCACCACAGCCACAAUACGAUGCAUGGAAUCAAAAUGUGGCUGUCGAUCCGUACUUGGAUACAUCGCCACGAUUAAAAGUCAAAGACCUAACUGAUUUGCAAGUACCAAACCAACGACAUCCAAUUGAAUCUCAAGGCUAUCAACAAAAUGUCGUGUACAAAGAGCAACCGUUGAUAAUGCCGAACCAAAAUAUGACCGGACUGCAGAUUCAGAAUGUUCAAAGUUACCAACCGCAUCCCGUGCAGCCAAAUCCCAUACAAACGUACGUCGACUAUUCAUGCAUGAACAGCAUGGGCACCAGCAUGAGCACCAGCAUGACUAUGCCCGAACAAGGAAUGUGCACAUCGAAUCUCUACGAGAUGCACAUUUCACAGGCACAACAAGUGCAAAAUACACAAUUCAUCAAUCCAGUAUUUUUACUUCCAACAAAUUCAACGCAUGCCGUUCAAGAUUACCAUUAUUGAACAAUUGACGAUGACAUCCGUGUAUGCAUGAUGAAUCUGAGUCAUUUACAAAACGAGUGAUAACAAACACUAUCGGUUGCUAAAGAAAAGAAAAGAAAAGAAAAGAAAAGAAAAACAAACGAAUUUCCAAGCAUUUAACCACACGAAAAUAAUCCAACAAAAAACACAACUACAUAAAUGAAUUGGAUGUUUUUUCAAUUUUUUUUUGUCUCUUUAUUAUUUUUGUUUUUAAGUUUGACAGCGUUAUCUUACAUUUUGUUAGAGUUCUAAAAGAGAAUAAAGUAAAAAGAGAAAGUUUAUCUUCCA